AUGACCCACAAACGCUCCAUCCUGAUCAUCAACCCCAACUCCACCCAGUCCAUGACCAAAGCCCUCGAGCCCUUAGUCAACGAACUAGGCUUCAAAGACACCGCCUACACCUUUUUUACCGCACCCUCCGGCCCCACAAGCAUUAACAACGAAGACGACGCCGCCGAAAGCGCUGAGCAUUGCCUCCCGCACCUCAGACCGCUCCUCGACCGCCAUGAUGGCUUCCUUGUGGCUUGCUACUCGCAGCACCCACUCGUGCCGCAGCUCAAGAACGAGCCUGUCGUGAAAGAUGGGCGUAAACCGGUGACGGGCAUCUUCGAGGCGAGCGUGGCGACCAGCCUCCAGCUUAUCGCGCCGAAGACGGCAUUCGGCAUCGUUAGCACGGGCAAGGUAUGGGAGGACAUCCUGCCUGCCGCGGUGGUCGAACACUUGGGCACAGGUGAGAAUGGUAGUAAGAGAUUCGCGGGCGUGGAGACGACGGGGUUGAAUGCGACGGAGUUGCACGACACGUCUCUGGAGGAGGUCAGGAAGCGCAUGAAGGACGCGGUGAAGCGGCUGCUGGGGCAGGCAGAGGUUGGUGCGAUCUGCUUAGGAUGCGCGGGCAUGGCGGGGAUGAACGAGAUGGUGAGGGAGGCAUGUGUGGAGGAGCUGGGUAAGGAUGAGGGUGGCAGGGUGGGGAUAGUGGAUGGGGUGCAAGCGGGUGUUGCGUGGUUGGAAGGAGCGAUUCGGACUUCGUUUUGA